ACCCAUUUCUGUAACGGCACGACGCCGCAGCCGAAGCCCGACCGAACCCAGCGAGCGGACGGAAGAGCGCAACCAUCACUCUGCGCGGAUCCAGAGAGCAUGCGCGGCUGCGCGCCCCGCUGCCCGGCCGUCGCUGCGCACUGCUGGAUGGGAAGUUGGGAGUCAGAGGCGGAGGACCAGCAACUUUUCUAGACUUUUAAGUCUGGCGCUUGCAAGUAGACAACAAGCAGCACUUUCUGACUGAUUUGACGCGGGGAUUGAGUGCGAGGAGAGAUUUCAUGUCACACCUGGGUGUUUUUAAAAGUGAGGAGAUGCAGGUGGUCCUCUGAAGAUCUGCGUCCUGCUGUUUAUUUGGGAAUGGAGCUGAAAUGAAGGGGGACGCAUCCAGGGAUUAAGUGACAGAACAACGACAGGAUGCGGGAAAGGGACCUCCAGAGUGGGUGCAGGAGGGUGCUUCUGCUGACCGCCUGUAUGCUGUCUCUCUGGGGACAACUGACCAGUUCAUCGUCACACAGAAGCCACAUAGUUCACGUCAAAGCAGGAACCUGUGAGGUAAUUGCUGCACACCGAUGCUGCAACAAGAACAAGAUCGAAGAGAGAUCCCAGACCGUCAAAUGCUCCUGCUUCCCUGGACAGGUGGCGGGAACAACGAGAGCGGCCCCAUCUUGUGUAGAUGCAUCAAUAGUCGCUCAGAAGUGGUGGUGUCAGAUGCAUCCCUGCAUGGAUGGAGAGGAGUGUAAAGUGCUGCCAGAUCUCAAAGGAUGGAGCUGCAGUACAGGAAACAAAGUUAAGACAACAAAGGUCACCCGAUAGUCGUGUAUUUCAAGGACAACCUUUUGUGGACCAGAAUGGAGUUUCUUGGGCCGACUCAGUGGGAUAUUGGGAUGUGUGAUUUUGUGUUUGGUGGAAACAAGGGACCAACGAGGACAGUAAUCACAGACAUUCCAGUGAACAAAAGGAGGAGCAGCACCAUGGAGCUCCAUUGGAAACUACAUAACCAAACAGAUUCCUAGCUUUUACUUUUAUUUUCAACAGUAGCUGUGUCUAAGCUCUUCUGGCCAUCAGAUUUCUUAUUGUAAUAUAGUUCUAUUCCUGUGGACAAGAAGACUCAACCAUGAAGUUAUUUAUUGACUUAAAGAUCUUGGAUUACCCUGAGGGGGCAUAACAAUCAUUCAUAAAGCAGAACCAUGUGAUGUGAAACUUUUGUGUCAUUCUUAUUUGCCCAUAUCCUCUUGGACUCCUGAUGCAGAACUGUGUGGAAGAUCUGGUGGGGUCAUAAACAUUUUUAUUCACUUCAUUCUUACGGAGAAUAGAUUUUUUGAACUUCUUUUGUUGGUUUGAUACAUUCCCUGGCUCAUUUUUUUUUAUCUUUAAGAGGACAACUCAUUUUUAAAGACAAAAGACGAUGCCACUAAGAUUAAACACAAAGACCACAGGUUUUUAAGGGCGAACACAGCCAAGUUCUGUCUGAAUGGAUUGGUUCAAUUUCUAAUACCUGGAAACAAUAAUUCAUUGCAAAAUGUCAAUAUUACCUUAAUAAACCUAACUCAGUAAAUAUUGCUGUUAAGUAAAAUGUGGGAUUUCUGUUUUAAUCUGUGCUCCUUAUUUGGUCAGUGUAUCAAAAAAGUUGAAAUAAAACAAAUACAGGAGUGGGUCAGAGAAGGUCAUCGGUCAUCCAGGUCCUGAUAUCACAGAAUUUAGAUCUUUAGGGCAACUGGACUUUAAAGGUUGAUCCAGAAGAUGUUUUGCUUUUUAUUCAAGUAGUUUCUUCAGUUUUAUCUGCUGAUGGGAAAUUAUGAUUAUUUAUGUGGUGUUACUUUAGCGAAGUGGCAAAACGUUCCAAAACUAAAUGUUGUGUGCAGAUACAGAAGUGCUUAUCAGAAUGGUCAGGUAAUGUCUUCUUACUUGAUGGGACUCGAAGGUGAUGUCACUCAGUGGUUGAUUGUUAUUGCGUGGCACCUAAGGGUCUCAUUCACACCUGCUGCACACAAACAACAAACCCCUAAUGACUGUCAAUGAAACCUGAAUUCCUUAUCAGCAGUUUGAACUGAAAAAAACGACUUGAAUGAGCAGCUCACUGUCUUCUAGAUGUUUCUUUAAAGUCCAAAUCCGUAAUAAAUAUAAUCCUGUGUAAAAUUAAGGAGUGCAUUUUGGUUGUAUUGUUUUGGUGGAAACAAAAGAGUACAGAUUUUAUCUCACUUUAUUUUUUUCAUUUAAAGACCCACUCCAAUCAUCUUUUGAACUUAUUUUAAAAGCGUUUCCAGUGGUCUUUUUUUGGCAAAAUCAUUUUUAAAAAAAUUGUUUUUUUUAGGACAUAGUUUCUGCAGACCAGCAGAAGUUCAUUAAAAAUUCAUCUCUGAGUUGUAGGUGGGACUGUUGGAGUGGAUUAAGACUGCACCCACUUCCCACCCUCUAUUUACACUCUAGUUUACAGCCCCUAAAACCCCAACCUAAAAUUACCGGUGCAUAAAAAGGGCGAGCAUUUCAGUCGUCUUUAAGGGGAUGCAUCAAAAUGGAGUGGAUCAGGGAUUUUGUGGUCCACAGACUGUAGAUUAUACGUCACUCCUAAAGCUUUUUCACAUGGCUUUUUUUUUGCCUGCCCCUGAUUCAGAACGAAUUUCUAAAUUUUCUUUAUAUAAGUCUUCCAUCAGAAGAAAAAUGCCACAAGAGGAUUUUAAAAUUACCAAAAACACGAUUUUCAUUGGAGUGGGUUUUUACAGUUCAAUACCAUCAGGAACAUGAUCCUGUGAAGAAAUAAAGGAGCUAUUUGUGGUUGUUUUAUUUUGGUAGAUCCGAAAAAAGCAUUUAUUUUAUCUCUCUUUUUUUCCUUUUAAAAAAAUAAGCACUUUACAAGAAUGCUUUUAGAACCAGUUUUUCCCUUUUCUAGAUUCCAUUUAAAGAAGGAAACCAUCUACUCCAAGAUAGGUGUGCUUUGUGAGUAACAAGAAAAUGCAUAAAUGAAAUGGGAACAUUUAACUUGUGACCUUACCAACUAUACAACUCAGAGGACUCCAAGGGCAACCAACAUUUCUAUCCACUCUGAUAUGUGUAAUAAAGUCAUUAUCAUUACCAGAA